AACUCUUCUUUCAUAUAAUUGAAGCGAUGAGCCAAUUAAGAACGCUGGCAUUUAAAGCUCCUUCGCUGCCUCGUCCAGAAUUCAACUCCUGCUAUGAUGAGGUGGUGAUCUCUAUCAGCGAUAGUACAGGAAUCCAAGGCGUGCGAGUGCGAGAUCUGCGGCGAUUCUUGAGAUGCAUUUUCCACUCCUCCUCUCCUCCAUGCUUCCAUGUGACCAGAUCAGUUAACAGCGCCAUUUGCAGAACAAAAGCUUGGAAGUGCUUCGAAACACCUCACAAUAAUCACCUAGAAUUUAAUGCACUCCCCCCCACUUGGAUCUUUGCUUAUAAAGGAGGGUAGCGGAACGUGCUGGGCCAUUGCAUGCUUUAAGAACACCACCUCCACCUCCCGCAAGGAUUCUGUGGUCACUUGCUCUUGCUUGCGCACGUAGGUCUUCUGGUUUGCAUGGCCCUCGCCAAUGGUCGGAUCCCACAAGGCUGGUCGUCGUCCCAUGCAUUAAUCCAUGGGGGAUGGGCAGCUUCUCCCCAGCUUUCUCUGAACGAGCUAUUUGAAGGAGAUCCUAUCUACUCAUUUAGUAGCAGUCACGCGUUGGGCGUGGCGAAUCCUUGUUCUUUGGAAGAAGCGCGGUCCGUCGUCGACUUCAGGGGAAUCCCCGGCGGCUGGUGCGGCUCCAACUCCUCGUUGCUGGACUUCGAGCAAGGUGACGGCGUGACGUGUACCGGAAUCGCUGACUCAUGGCUGGCUGACGGCCGAAUCUACUCGGAUAUGAUGAGUGCCUACGGUUCUUUAGGCAGCCCUGUGAGAGAGGUUGAAAUCCAAAAGAGAAGUCGGUCGAUGCCAAUAACGCAGGAAGGUGAUGUGCCAAGUCCGAAGAAGCGAUGCGGUAACGCUCGAACGAUCAAGGAGAAGUCGAGUCCAUCCAAGGAUCCCCAGACUCUUGCAGCAAAGAACCGGAGGGAGCGCAUAAGCGAGCGCCUUAAAACUCUCCAAGAUCUUGUGCCCAAUGGAGCAAAGGUUGACAUGGUUACCAUGCUUGAGAAGGCCAUCAACUAUGUGAAGUUCCUUCAGUUGCAAGUGAAGGUUUUGGCAACCGAUGAGUUCUGGCCUGCACAAGGAGGGAAAGCACCUGAUACUGCUCAAGUGAAGGAGGCAAUCGAUGCCAUCUUAUCUUCUCACAGAGACAGGGACUGUAGCUCGAACCAGUAAACUCCAUGUAAUGUUAGCUGAAACAGAACUGCAAACAUCCUUAGUCUGGAGUUAUGAACAUCUGAAAGAGUACAGUGAAUACUACCUCUGUCAUUUUUG